AUGGCUCCCACCCUGGCCACGGCCUUUUCCCGUCGCUGGUGGAUGGCUGUCACAGCAGUGGUUGAGAAUCUGUUUUUCUCUGCGGUGCUGCUCGGCUGGUCGUCCCUGCUCAUCAUGCUCAAGUCUGAGGGCUUCUACUCCUACCUGUGCACAAGGCCAGAUAACAGCUCCGGUCUUAACGUCACCAACUCGUCCAGCUUGGAGCCUGAUGACGCAGCAGAGGAGUUCCAGCUGAUGAAGGACUGGCCCAUCUGCAAGGACCAGGACGAGAUGCUGAACCUGGCCUUCACUGUGGGCUCCUUCCUGCUGUCAGCCAUAACCCUGCCCCUGGGCAUCGUUAUGGACAAGUAUGGCCCACGAAAGCUACGCCUUUUAGGAAGUGCCUGCUUCGCCUUCUCCUGUCUCCUCAUCGCCUACGGUGCCAGAGAUCCUAACAAUCUGUCCGUCCUAAUCUUCGUUGCACUGGCGCUGAACGGGUUUGGAGGCAUGUGCAUGACCUUCACAUCUUUGACGCUUCCCAACAUGUUUGGAGACGUGCGGUCGACCUUCAUCGCCCUGAUGAUUGGAUCUUACGCUUCCUCUGCUGUCACUUUCCCCGGCAUCAAGGUCAUCUAUGAUCUGGGUGCUGCCUUCAUCUCCAUCCUGCUGGUUUGGGCCAGCUGCGCCUGCCUCGUCUUCCUCAACUGCUUCAUCAACUGGCCUUUGGAGCCGUUCCCAGGCCCAGAGGACAUGGACUUCACGGUUAAGAUCAAAUUCAGCUGGCUGGGGUUUGACCACAAGAUCACCGGGAAGCAGUUUUACCAUCAGGUGACCACGGUUGGCCGUCGUCUCAGCGUGGGCAACGUCAUAAAGCAGCCGCAGCAGCCCACCAAAGACCUGGCAGAGCAGGACGCCAGCAAGCUGUGCCUGUCCACCGUCGACCUGGAGGUGAAGUGCAACGGCAGCGAGGAGAAUCAGUCCUUCAUGAAGAGUGUUUUCAGCCCCAUCUUCCUGCUCAGCCUCAUCACCAUGUGCGUCACGCAGCUGCGCCUCAUCUUUUACAUGGGAGCCAUGAACACCAUCCUGGAGUCGCUCACAGACCAACACCUGAACACAGUGAGUGUGUACACCUCCAUCUUUGGCGUGUUGCAGCUCUUGUGUCUGGUCACCUCUCCUGUGAUUGGCUACGUUAUGGACUGGAAGCUCAAAGACUGCGAGGAUGAUAAUGACAAGUCUGUCAAAAGGGAGCCCGGUCAGCCCCGCCGCCCCAGCAAAAAGAUCCAGAAGAUAGUGAACGCCACCAGAGCCUUCAUCUUCACCAACCUGCUCCUGGUUGGCUUCGGAGUCACUAGCGUCAUUCCCAACCUGCAGCUUCAGAUUCUGUCCUUCAUCCUGCACACUGUGGUCCGAGGCUUCAUCCACUCGGCUGUGGGAGGCCUGUACGCUGCAGUGUACCCGUCCUCUCAGUUUGGCAGUCUGACCGGCAUGCAGUCUCUUAUCAGCGCUCUGUUCGCCCUGAUCCAGCAGCCCCUCUUCCUGGCCAUGGUGGGCCCCCUGGAGGGAGACCCUUUAUGGGUGAACGUGGGCCUGCUGGUGCUCAGCAUGCUGGGCUUCUGUCUGCCCCUCUACCUGCUUUGCCACAGUCGCCACCUCCAGCACCUGAAAAACAAGCAAGACGAUGACCCCAAGAUCUUCGUGAAGAUGACCAACGGCGCCCCGCCCGAAGCCUCCGUCUAGAGCGGGACGAAGAGUGACGCUUCAGAAACGGAGUCUGUGUGACACGUAUUUUGACAAAUCUCAAAAAAGAACAAAAGAACGAACUGAUAAUCCAAAUCGAACUAUCACUGCGGCGCCUGGAUUCACCCUCACUGAUCCAACACACGUGCAAAUCACACGGACUUCAGCUCCAACCCGAGGAGACAGAAGACUAUAACAGAGGGAGA